CGCGGGCGCGUCCCUCCCAGCGGAAGCGCCAGCCCCGCGUCUGGCGAGGUGCGCGCUCCGCGGCUCCCGCUCCAGAGCUUCGUGGCUCGCCUGUGUCUGCAGAGCAGGGGCGGGGGCCCGGCGGCACGGACUGGGGACUGAGAUCCUAGUAACCGCGGAAUCGUAGACAGUCACCCAGCUCCGACAGCGCGUCGGGACCGGAGCAGAUCGGGAAGGUGAAGGACUACUGCGGAUCCGACAGCGCGUCCCAGCACCUUGGACUUGCUCCCUCCCGAACUGAGGAAAAUCUGAGGAAACCGGGCAGGGACCUUGGAGAAGCCGCCGCCUGAAUACUCAACAGCCUGGAAAUCCAGUCACCUUUGUACCUCGCUGCUUCCCAGACACUUUGGAGGAGCAGGAGCUGACAGCUGGCUGACGGAAAGCUCACCCAGGGAGAGAAGAGAGACAAGUAUGAGAUUAGGAAUAAUGCUUUCAGAAUAGACCUGCAAGUUGGGACCCACACUGCCAUCUGAAGUCCUGCACCCCAAGUUUCAGGCAUUGAUUUCUGACUUUUGAAGAUGGAUGAAGGCACAGAAGUCUCCACUGAUGGCAAUUCCCUGAUCAAAGCCGUCCAUCAGAGCCGGCUUCGCCUCACAAGACUUUUGCUCGAAGGUGGUGCCUACAUCAACGAGAGCAAUGACCGUGGAGAAACACCUUUAAUGAUUGCUUGUAAGACCAAGCACAUCGACCAGCAGAGCGUCGGUAGAGCCAAGAUGGUUAAAUACCUUCUAGAAAAUAGUGCUGACCCCAACAUCCAGGACAAAUCCGGGAAAAGCGCUCUGAUGCACGCAUGCUUGGAAAGAGCGGGCCCGGAAGUGGUUUCCUUGCUGCUCAAGAGUGGGGCGGACCUGAGCUUGCAAGACCAUUCCGGCUACUCAGCUCUGGUUUAUGCUAUAAAUGCAGAAGACAGAGAUACCCUCAAAGUUCUCCUUAGCGCUUGCCAGGCAAAAGGAAAAGAGGUCAUUAUCAUAACCACAGCAAAGUCACCUUCUGGGAGGCACACCACCCAGCAGUACCUCAACAUGCCUCCCGCAGACAUGGAUGAGAGCCAUCCGCCGGCCACGCCUUCAGAAAUUGACAUCAAGACAGCCGCGUUACCACUCUCCUGUUCUUCAGAGACGGACCUGACACUUUUUGGCUUUAAAGAUAAGGUGUUUCCUGGAAGCAGUGACAAUACCUGGGACCCAGACUCUCCUCGGCAGAAGGCUCUGAUGACCACCAACGGGCCCAAGUUAUCCCAGGUUGGUUCGGCCUGGAUCAAGAGUCCCCCAUCAUUAAAGCACCAGGCCAGAGUGGCCUCCUUGCAAGAGGAGCUCCAGGAUAUCACUCCAGAGGAAGAAAUAGCCUACAAAACCACCGCGCUGGCACUGUCUAAGCGCUUCAUCACCAGACACCAGAGCAUUGAUGUAAAAGACACGGCACAUUUGCUCAGGGCCUUCGACCAGGCCAAUUCCAGGAAGAUGUCGUAUGAUGAAAUAAAUUACCAUCCUUUGUUUCCAGAAGGAAACCAGCCAUGCAUGGAAAUUCCCAAUGACCAGGACCCAGACUCUAACCAGACCCUAUUUGCCUCCACUUUAAAAAGUAUAGUGCAAAAGCGAAACUCAGGGGCCAAUCACUAUAGCUCCGAUUCUCAGCUCUCAGAGGGUGUUACCCCUCCAAACUUAGAAGACGGGAAAGUCGGAAAGAAAAAGAUCUUCUCUCCAUCUCCUUCCUUGCUAACGGGAUCCAAAGAAAUAAUGGAGACUGUCCCUCCGAGCGCCCUGAGCAGGAGGAACCACGCGGUUUUAGAAAGGCGGGGCUCUGGGGCUUUCCCCAUUGAGCACAGCCUCAUGCAGAGCAGACCCGGGUUUCUGCCACCCUUAAAUGUAAAUCCUCACCCUCCCAUCACAGACGUCGGUGUCAACAACAAGAUCUGCAGCCUGCUUUCUUGUGGCCAAAAAGUGCUUAUGCCAACGGUUCCUGGUUUCCCGAAGGAAUUCAAAAGCAAAAAGAUGUUGUUGAGGAGGCAGUCACUGCAGACAGAACAAAUUAAGCAAUUAGUAAAUUUUUAAGAGACGCCUGGAAAACACAUCGUGUUCAGACGUCUGGAUCAGAGAAACAUAGACUUAGAGAAGAAAUCUUAACUGUAUCCUUUUAAGUCUUAGCUAGUACAUCACAGCUAGGCAAAUCAAAACAUAGAGCAUUUUGUAUUAGGUACCGUGAGCACACCAUAGUAUAGAGCUUCUGAGGAAAUUCUACCAAAGUGAAAGAUGUUGUUCUCAAAACCUCCAGUAUUUAUCAACUUCCAUGUGGUCCAAGGGUUCCAUCUAAACAAAACCCUCCAAGAGAAAGUUGCCUAUGCUAGAAACCAUUUUUAAAAUUUCAGAUUGGCUUCACAUUCUACUAAGAAACAAUGUUCUCAAGUUAGUAAUUUUGUCAACACUUUAGUCAACAAGAUUGUAAUUUUCCAUGAUGCCAAAAAUUGUCAAAGAAAACCCUGGCAUCAGUCAAGCUAAACUACAAAGGAAGGGUAAGCAGAUUAGCUAAAAAUGUUGACUCAGGCAGGUAAAAGUCUCAUUCAAAAACUGUAAACGUGAAAAACCAGUCAGAAUGAGCAACCACGGUUCAUACUGACUGCUAAGUCUGCAUCAAAAUGGCGGGCGAGGGGGCUGAGGGGGCUGAGGGGGCUGAAGGAGCUUACUGACCGUGCAAGGCUGAUGACCUGAAUCCACAUAACAACUAGGCCCAAUAGUGCCAGGUUCUGUAAUCCCAGUAUUCUCUGUGGGGAGAUGAGGGGCAGAGCCAGGAGAAUCCCCAGAAGCUCAUGGCUCAGAUAGUCUGACUAACGCUGAGGUGAAGAGACCCCGACUCAGACAAAGGGGCAAGGGAUGACUGACACCGGAAAGCUACCCUCUGACAGCCACACAACCCUCCCCCCAACUGGCAAGGCAGGGCAGCACACCACAUGCCAAAUUCUGUUGUUUUUGCACUGUGUAUCCCUUUCAAAUGAACUUACCAAUCAUGUUACCUUACGGAAUUUUUUCUCAUGCCAUUUUUUUCGUAUCUUAUACCAAGAUGAUAUAAAAAUUAAAAAGUAUUCACUUUGACUUACAUUAAUCCUGUCUUCCUAAAAGAGACACCCAAAACAGGGUGGGGGCAGGAUGCAAAAAGUUUGGGAUUGAACAUAAAUGGAAAUUAAACGCUUGCUUCAUUAAAAAAAGAAAAACUGAUUAAUAGAUUAGUUUAGUUUAGUUAAAAUUACAAAAUCCAAGUAGAAACUUAACCAUAAAAUGUAUUACUGGGUCAUUACUAAGCAGUAUCUUUAUUUCUGAGAUGUAGUUAUUAGACAGUCAUAUAAAGAUAUAUAAAGAUAAUGUCCUCGGUGUGACAUUUGGAUCAUCUAGUACUUUAGGGUCUAUGAAUAACUUUUAACAAAUACACACUAUAAUAAGAUAGUUAAAAAUGACAGUAUUACCUACAUGACUUCCAAGUAUGGUAUUCAAAGAAUCCUUCACUUGUAGCAGUUCUGAAGCAAAGACUAACAGAAACUAGAACCCCCAUGGCUGUGGAGCUAAUGACAUCAUCUACAGCUUUAUUUCUUUGCCCAACAGGUGGCACGAUGCCUUUCUUGGUAAUUUGAUAUGAGCAAUUUGAAAUGUACAUAGAAAUUAUGUAAUUAUCUGUGGCUUUUAUUUUAAAAACUAAUUGCAGGUUUUUUCCAUUUAAUGUUUUGAAGAAAAAAUUAGUUACAUUAGAAAAUACUUUUUAUUCAGAAACUAAAAUUGUACUGAUGUUUAUAAGUAGCUGAAUUCCUUUCGCAAGUUUUAAUAUCACAAAAAGUACUUGACCUCACAUUGUAAGGACACAGUUUGGAAGAAUAUGUAUAUAGAGUAAUUCAUUAUCAAGAUGCUAUCAAUAAAGAUUUAAAAUAUCA